AGUUCUAGAGAAUUAUGAGACACCAGCCUAUCGGACGCUGUCUGUAGUGAUCGUUCCGCCGAAAGUCGUGGGUAUUUAUCCAGGAUGAAUCCCUAUGUGUCCGACUGGUCGCUUGACACAACCAACCAUCAAAUAGACUCUCUCUAUGUCUGUACGAACGGCGUGCUCUUUGAAAAAGAAGGAUAUGUCGAAGAAUGAGCUCCCGAAUGAGUCGGCACACAGGGCUUCCUCCUACAGGAUUCCGGACAUCACUUACCGAAGCCCAGAAAAUAGAAGAGUGAAAGUCAUCGCGGUCGGAGCUGGUUUUUCGGGUAUUCAAAUGGCAUACAAGAUUCAAAAGCAAUGCGAAAAUGUCGAAUUCCAAAUAUACGAAAAAAACCCCACAGUGGGCGGGACGUGGCUCGUGAAUCGAUAUCCCGGCUGCGCCUGCGAUGUUCCUUCGCACGCUUAUUCAUUCAAUUUCGCACUCAAUCCUGACUGGCCUCUAUUCUUCUCGCACGCUGAAGAUAUUCAAGACUACCUUGAAAAGGUUGUUAAUGUGUUUAAUCUGCGAAAAUAUAUGCUGUUCAACUCUGAGGUUAUGGGAUGUCACUGGAAUGAAGUUCAGGGAAUAUGGACUGUCAAGAUCGUUCAGACAUUGCCUGACGGUACACAACGUGAGAUUCAGGAUACUUGUGAUCUGUUACUACAAUGUACCGGUGUCUUGAGUCGUCCAAAACUGCCGAAGAUUGAAGGGUUAGAUCGUUUUAAGGGAAAGAUCUAUCAUACAGGCGCCUGGGAUAAUACUUACACUAAGGAGCAAUGGAAGAAGGAAAAUGUUGCAGUCAUCGGCUCAGGCGCUUCUUCCGUUCAGGCGGUGCCAAACAUGCAGGUACGUUAUCUCUAUUGCUUCGAGGUUGCAGAGCCUGACCCAAACAAGCCUUAUGUCAAGCAUAUGGACGUAUUUGUGAGGACGGCAGUGUGGUUCGUCAAACUAGCAGAUAAUUAUGGUAACAACCAUGCCUACACGGAUGAAGAAAAAAGACGCUUCAGAUCCGAGAAGCAAGCUCUUGCCUCUCAUGCUAGAGACAUUGAAAACCAGGUCAACGGGGAUUGGAAUCUUUUCUUCGCGGAAAGUAAAGUGCAGAACGCGGCCAGAGAGUUUUUCACCGCACGAAUGGCAGAGCACAUCAAGGACCAGCGAUUACUCGAAGGUUUUACUCCCAAGUGGUCGGUUGGCUGCAGGCGUGUGACUCCGGGCGACCCGUAUAUGAAAGCCAUCCAGGAGCCGAACGUUGAUGUGCAUUUUACCGGUGUGCGUGGCCUUCUUGAGAUGGGAGUCGUUGGCGAAGAUGGUAUUGAGAGAAAAGUCGACACCGUGAUUUGUGCAACUGGCUAUGAUGUGUCUUACCAUCCUAACUUUCCGAUUAUAGGACAAAAGGGUACUAGUUUGAGCGACCAAUUUGGCGAUGCGCCAGAGUGCUACCUGGGCAUUACGGUGCCUAAUUUUCCAAACUACAUACUCUUCGGCGGUCCGACAUGGCCAGCUAUGAAUGGGUCGGCUUUGGGACCUCUCCACGCGGUUGGGGACUAUGCUCUCCAAGUCAUCAAGAAGAUGCAAGUUGAAAAUCUUCGAUCAUUUGCUCCACGGCAGGAUAUCACAGACAGAUUUAAUGCCCACGUUCAAGAAUUUGUCAAAGUAUCGGUUUGGAAGGACGAAUGUCGGUCAUGGUACAAGAAUCCUGAGACUGGGAAGGUCUUCGCCAUCUGGCCUGGCAGCAGCUUGCAUUACAUGCAGACGAUAAGCUCGCCACGAUGGGAAGAUUAUAACAUCACCUAUCAUUACGAAAAUCCGUGGGCACACCUAGGCUUUGGAUUCACUCUCGAGGAUCGCGAUCCCAAUGCGAGCACCGCACCGUAUCUCACUGCCGAGGCUAUCGAUGACGAUUGGAUGGCGCAGUUCGAGGUUGAAAGAACAGUUGUACCUAAAGAGAAUGGUAUUAAAGAGCAAACUGCAUGAAGUAGAACAAUCUUGUUGGAUAUGUCCGAAUAAAGUAAUCCACCCUCGAGUUGGCCAUCCACCUGAGUAUUACUACUUUAUAAAGAC